UCUAAGCACCCGUGUCAAUGCGUGCCACCUAGGCGACACAUCAUGCCUUAAGUGUCUGAUGCUCACAGUACGCUGAUAAGUACCUAUAGGGACAGGAUAGACAGUCAGAACAUGUUCACCGGGAAGGUGGCUGCUGCUGUUAUUGGGUUGGGAAUAUGUGCAGUGCUUGUCAUGCAAGGUGGAGAAACGCAGGGCUCUGUCAGCAUCGGGUACCCAACAUGGAGGGAAACUGGACUGGUCGGUGCUCCAGCGCGAGCUGCGGUCUGCAUCAUCGCCGGGGUUUCCCUCCUCGCCACGGGCUGGCUGUACAGGCUGCUCUUCUGCCCCCUGGAGCUGCUCAAAGCACCCGACGAUGUGGGAUACAUCGCCGAGGACGGUCGCUCCAAGGCGCAGGCUGCAAACCAGGUCCGCCGUAGGAGGAAAGCCGGAGAACUACCUCCGGUGUAUCCAAACGGCUGGUACCGAGUGCUGGACUCACACAUGCUGAAGACGGGCGAGGUCAAAAAUGUCUCUGUAGUAGGUGAGCAGGUGGCAGUGUUUCGGGGCCAGGAUGGGAAGGCCUAUGUGGUGGAUGCCUACUGCCCUCAUCUGGGUGCCAACCUGGCUGUAGGAGGACGGGUUGUGGGAAGCUGCAUAGAGUGCCCAUUUCAUGGAUGGCGGUUUCAGGGUAACGAUGGCAAGUGUGUGAGGAUCCCCUAUGCAGAAAAAGUGCCGGAGUUUGCCAAUGUGCGCUGCUGGCCCAGCUGUGAGGUCAACUCUCAGAUUCUGGUUUGGUUUCACUGUGAUGGAGAAGAUCCUCAGUGGACCAUCCCAGAGCAGCAGGAGAUUGCAAAGGGCGAGUGGGUCUAUCGAGGGAGAACUGAACAUUUCAUCAAUGCUCACAUACAGGAGAUCCCUGAAAAUGCAGCAGAUAUCGCUCAUCUGGCUCACCUUCACACACCAGGCAUCGUCAGCGGAGUAGAUCUGCGCUACACAAACAGCAAAACCUGGGAAUUUUUGCGACAUGACUGGAAGGUUCAAUGGGAACCAGAGUCAGAGCCAAACAAGCAUUGCUCUCAGAUGUUGGUGAAACAUUCCCUAACUGUGUUUGGAUGCCACUGGUCUCUAUUGGAUAUUCAUGUUGUGGCCAGACAGGUAGGACCAGGAGUGGUGUUUCUGCUGUUUGACCACAGUUUUUUGGGCCGGGGUGUGAUCAUGCACUGUGUGACUCCAGUGGAGCCUCUGUUGCAGUGUGUCUCUCACACUAUCUUCUAUCAGUCCAAUAUUCCACCUCUGGUGCCCAAAUUCAUCCUCAAAGCAGAGUGCAUUCAGUUUGAACGGGAUGUGAUGAUCUGGAACAAUAAGAAGUACAUCUCCAAGCCUCUUCUCGUGAAGGAGGAUUCAGCCAUCCGGAAGCACAGGCGCUGGUUCAGUCAAUUCUACAGUGAGAACAGCCCGCGGCUGCAGUACCAGCAUGACACUUUAAACUUCUGACCUCCUUGGACUACGGGGCGAGUGAUCAGCAGAGAGAUGUCUGAUCAGGGUUGACAUUAAUCAGACGUCUCAGACGAGGGAGUCCACUGUUGGAUUUUAUCUCGCAUGUAAUAAAUUGAAAGAAGAAAGGAGGCCUGACUUGUUUGUGGGACAGUCUUGGGCAUUCAUUCAUUCAUUCUGGGCCUGAAUCUUACAUUAAACCUGAAAUCCUCCUUAACUUCAUGUUUAAGUGGAUAAUUGGACUUUCCAGCCUCAUAUAUGCAAGUGCCUGAAGCUGUCAUGGAUUAGUAUAACUGACUGAGAAGAUUCAGGCCAUAAAUGUGAACUUUUGAUGAACCAGUGCUAGUUAUCAAAGCAAGCAAUACUAAGAACACCAGAAUUGCCUCGAUGUAACUGAGAAGAAGACCAUAAGAUUGUCAAAAUACCGUUUUACUCUGCAAAAUGUGGAUAAUUUAUAUACUUACAUAUACAGUCCUAUGCUUGAGUGACUGUUUCAGCAUGUUUGACACAGUUUAAUAUAAACCACCUGCUUCUAUUUGAGCAACUAAUCAGCGAAAAGGUUCUUCUGUAGUAUGUCUCACAAUGCUAUCAUUUGAUAUUAGUAUCUGUGUUACUUUGACUUUAGAAAACAUUAAUCCGGCCGUCCACACUGUUAGUUUCGAUCUUUAAUGUGUAAUCAAAGUCAGUCACAGGUUUAACUGCAGGUGUGUUUGUUUUCUCAUUUAUAUCUCAGGUUACUCAACAGCGAGCUGAUAGCAUAGGCGGCGGGUAAGGCUGAGCAUGGCGAAGGCAAAUACUACUACAGUGGUGCUGAGCCGACGCCCGAGGGUGGGGGUGCUGCUGCUGGGCUGAUGACGCAUCUCUCUCGCUCUUGUUUUUGUAUAAUGGGCUGCUCAAGCGGCACACUUGCUCUUUUGGUUUUGUAUAAUGGGCUGGUCAAUGUGGCCCACAUAGCGAGCGGGGGAUUUCUCCCGGUGCUCCUGAUGGCUAGUCCGACUCUGAAUUUAGGGAAGGCUUAGCCGUCUCUAGCCUACAUUACCCGCCGCCCUUGGCUGAUAGACAUUUUCUAGUGACUAUUGUGCAAUGACAACUUAAGUAGUUUUAUUAAUCAGUGGUAUUUCCUGUUAUUAUGCAGGAAAUACCACUACAGCAUAAUCAGGAGGAGGAUCUAGGGUAGUAAUGACUACAUGCUUCUUGUAAGUUACAGUCAAUAUUAAAGGAAUAGAGAGUGAUAUGAGAAGAUUGAUAUCAACCUUUUGUGUUAAGUAACAAGCUGAAGCGGGGAAUGGAUUAAUUUAGUUUAGCAUAAAGACUGGAGGCAGGAGGAAACAGCUAGCCCAGCUUUCUUCAAAGUGGCAAAAAUAUGCCCACCAGCACCUCUAAAGCUAACUCUUUAACAAUUGCUGGAACAAUUUCUUGGCCAAAUACCAGCUGGGUGCAGUGACUGUGCGCAGCUUAGCAAAGUCUCGUCAUGAAGUUGGCAGGUUGAUACUACUGUGCCUGUACAUAAACCUCCACUAAACUAUGUGCUCACCAACUGUAUCUGACAACUUGCUGUGGCAUGCUGCAGUACUGGGCUGCAUGGAUGCUUAUUUUUUGUGAAACUGACUUUGUGAAGAAAUAGUUACAGCACAUACCUACUCCUAAAAUCGCAAUUUUCAAUUGUUUUUAUUUCUGUUUGUGUAUGAAAUAAACUUACGAAAUACAACAUGAUAACUUAGUAAGCUGAAGAGGUGGUGGUAGGGUGUAGUGGUGAACCAAGCUAGCUAGCUCUGCUUUCAGUCUUUAUGCUAAGCUAUGCUAACCACAUCCAGACUCCAGCAUUGUGCUCUGCACAGACAUUAUAUUUAGCUUCUCAUCUCUUGGAAAGAAUGGCAAAUUAGCAUAUUUCCCAAAAUGUUGAACUAUUCCUUUAACAAGCAUAAUUGUACAUACAGGUAGUACGAUAAUGUGGCACAAAUGGUGACAAAUAAGGUGGUCCUUUGAUUAUGAGAGAUGAUGAUUGUUGUGAAAUUAUAAUGUACACAAAAAUUAUUGACCUGAAUUGAAUAGUAUUAAAAGAAAAUAUGUCCUCCUUUAAUGUAUAUCAGCAUACAAAAACUUUGUUGUUGUGUUACCUCUCUGGUCCACAUGAGUUAUAAAGGAUUAUUGCAUUAGUGUAUUUUUUUUUUUUUUUAAACUUUUAUUUAAAUUCAUUCAUUUCUGUCUGAUCAUUUGAUAAGGUGGGUAUGUUUACAUGUGCACAGUAGUGUGAUUAUGGCCAAUACUGCGAUUAAGACAUUAGUGCGAUUAUGCUGUUUGCAUGAUUGCGAAGGUGACAACUCCCUUUAAUAAUCCUGUUUACAUGUGUCAUAAAGUUAGUUCGAUUAUAUAAAGAGAGGUGUGACGUUUAGUAGCUUUGUUUACUUCCUGUUGUUAUGUUUAUUACUUUUAAGUCAAUAAUGAACACAUGACGGCUCUAGUUAACCCGGCUGGGGUUUAUUCUUCCAUGCUCGCCAUACAUGUCAUCAUGUACAACUCCUCAAACUUCCAGAAAUGUUGUUUCUUCUCUGUUUUGCUUUCCAUCAUCACAUUUGUCAACACUACAACCACAUGGAGCACUACGUCACCAGUUGCAUAUGCGCACCCUUAUCAGAGUUUCAGUAAUUUGACUGUAUACAUGCUCUGACUGGCCCCAAAAAAGUAAUCCACAUAUUUUACUGUGAUUAUGCUUACUUGGACUAUGAGCAUAAUCGCAUUAACAUAAUUUGAGUAUGGUGUUUACAUGGGUUCUGCUUUACUCGCAUUAUUGCCUUAAUCGCAUUAUAAUCAAAUUAUUAACGUGCAUGUAAAUAUAACCACUGUCAUAUAUUUUUUACAUUACUCCUCUAGACCUCUGUCUCUGUAAGACAGCAAUAUGCUGAUUCAGAUUUUCUUUUUGUUCAUUUACUCUGCACAGACAUGACUCAUUACUGACUUAAUCAUUGAUGACGACAAUGCUGUGAAUCUUUAUUAAAUGCUGCUGUGCCUUCUUUGAAAUGUGACAAAAAUAUAAAAGCAAUAAUGUUCAGUUGCCGGGUGGGGGUUGGUUAUGUGGGAUUGGUUGACAUUACAUUUUAAUUUCCAUGUUUCUGUUUGUCAGGUGGUCAUAGAAGAGAGAUACAUUUCAAAGUAAAUAACCAGUGAUGUUAAAAAGCACAAUACUUCAUAUGAACAUCAGAUGAACGCCUCCCUUCUGUUUCCUUUCAAUAUUAAAAUGUAUUUUUGUAACUAGCUAAUCUACAGAUGUAAUGUUUAUUUAAAUAUGCAGAAUAAAUC